CUACAAUCGUCUUAUGCGAACUGUUUUCAGAUCUCGCAGCUGUUGGGGAUAAAUGAAAGCCUGUAUGUGCGACUGCCAGCUGGCUUGGUACUCUGGACCACAGCGCUCACAGUCUAUAUGCACAUUUCAGGAAUCGCAUGUCUGAUAGCGCCAUCGCUAGCAAGUGAUAUCGAAUUCGCGUAUAGAUCACCUCCAACCGAUUUAUUUCCGAUUCGUAUGUACGGUGUGGCUUUGGUUGCGUACGGUUUAUUGUUCCAUAGUUCGCUAAUGCUGAAAGAUCCCCGCACGCAACUCUCCUCAAUUUUACUAUCAGUUGUCGUGUUAUUCGGUUUGCAACUUAUUGUUGGAUUAUACAGUGGUCAUCUAAAUCGAUUGUUGCUCUUUUUUCGAACAGUAAUGCUUAUUGGCAGUUUUAUCUAUCAGUCUCUGGUGGAUGCUCAGGUGUCGAUAAUUUACAAACUCUGUCAGAGUAGCAUAUUUUCCGCGUGUACUUACAAAUGCAUCCGUUCUGAUUGCCCAACAUCAAGUGCAAAUGAAGCGCGUUCGCCACGACCCUAUCAUUUGUUGACAUGUGAGCCGUAUUAA